CGUGAUAGUGAUGUAAGAUGGGAACUGUUGCAAGUGUUGACGUUGACGUUGAACUUUGAAAGGACCCAAACUCCAGCUCUGCAUGACUUUCUCUUCCUUGGUUGAAGCGAUCACGAGGCGGCCUCUAAAAGCGGAGGUUCGAUAAUCCGAAGCCUCUAGAACAGAGACUCAGGGUCUAGAUGUCAAAGUCAGGGGUCAUCGAGCGACUAAAACAAGCUUGCUUUGCACUACGUCAUAGGGUCAUAUCAGUGAAUCACGACAAUUUCCUAGGGAGAAAUUAGACUCUGUUAAGUUUUAGGUCGAUCUCUCGCUUCUUAGGUCGCAGGAAUGACGGCAGAGGCUUCCCUUCACCAGGUACGCUACGUAUUAAUUAACAGGCGGUCUACCCUACGAACGAACGAACGAACGAACGAACGAACGAGUGAGUUUUCGCCAAGCUUGACAAUUUUGCACGCCCAGUCAAAGUGACGCUUCAGUGACCAGCUCAUUCUAUUGACUCACCCCAAUCAUCCUAAUAAACCCGCGAUCCUCUUUCCUUUGCAUCUGAGUCUGCGAUCAAUCAAUCAAUCACUGACCCGCUCCUACCUACGAUAACCUCUUCUCGUCAAUCUUUUCUCGUAAUAUCCACCCCCUUGCGAGAUCCCGUUCGAAUCGGCGACACAAACCACAGCAAAGCAAAGCAAGCAAAGCGACCAUGGGUAUCAAGGAUCUAGCUAUCAGCUAUGUGGUGUUUUCCACCAUCCACUUGUUCCUAUUCGCACUGGCUCUCACCACUAUCGGUUUGUAUGGUACCGACCUUCACAAUGCGAACAAGCAGGGCAAAUACUCUGAUUCUAAGUGGGUGAGUGACUUGCUCCCUCCCUCCGUUCGUCAACGUGCAAAUACACAUUGUUACCAUGCAAUGCAAUACAGUACAGUGCUGACAAAGUUCAAUGCACAGGUCUACGCCGUGGUUGUUGGUAGCAUCUCUGCCGUGACAUGUGUACUCUACUUUAUCCCGUUUGUCCUGCGUGUCGCCGGCUUUGUUGUCGCGGUAUGGGACUUUAUUCUAUUCGUCCUCUGGAUCGCCCUCUUUGGCGUCUUUGGCAAGAUGUACAUCAAUGAGGACGCCGAGGGUGACGGUGGUGUCAAGCGCAUGAAGAACGCGGUCUGGGUCGAUCUCGCCAGCGCCCUGCUCUGGCUCAUUGCUACCUUGGCGGCCCUGGGCUACUGGUGGAAGCACCGUGACAAUCGUUCACGCUUUACUGGCCGCGCUCAUGUCUGAUGAGACACAAACGGGCGCAUCUAGCCCCUAUAGAAAGAGACGGACAUGUUGAGGAUGGUUGCAUAUGGGAUACACAAAUGCAACUCGCGACGGAGAUAUUCGGCAAUGGUAAUGGAACGGUAGUGGGAAGGGAGGCCUGCAGGUCGGGCUGUUUGAGUGUGUGCGCGCGUGUGUGCGUGCUUUCUGUGUCUGUAUGCUGGGAUGGGAAUGGACGAGACGAGACGAGAUGUUGGCACGACUUUGAUACCAUGGUUUUCUUCUGUGUUUCCUUGCUUUUCCUUUUUCGACAAAGACUGCUUGUUCCUGAAACACUAAUAUCUGCAUCGAACUCAAAAUUUAUCGCUAUCAACUGAAUCGAGAAUAUCACACUUAUUAGUGCAACCAUCUACGGCAGCCUCCCGUACGGCGUGCAACAUGGCUUGUGAGAUGGGUGGCUAGAUCUGCCAAUGGCCGCCGGUAUGAGUGAAACUUGGUUAACCAAUGGAUAGUCAACGGGCAGUCACUGUAGGAUCCAUGCUGUGAAAUGACCACGGACAUUGGCACUGGCAACACAAAGCCAAGAACAGUGCAGCUUGCCGAACCACCGUUUACGCCAAGACAGAGUGAUAUCCGAGAUACCCUUUUGUAGUACCCUCAAGAGCGUCGAAAUGGCACCACCACGGAGAAGGAUGUUGCACCAGUUUGACCAGGACCUAAAGCAGAAAAGAGAGAGAGCAAAGAGGGGCGAGCGUCGAUCGUCGAUCGUGGACACGCUCGCCUCCAACGCUUCCGACGGGUGAUGUGACGAUGACGGACUUUUGCUCAGAGGGAGAAGGGGUCUUUUUUUUUUUCCCUUUCUCCAAGGGUCCGGCGUUUGACUGGCUGCGUCUCUCGCUCUGACCUUUGUGUCUUGACCCUUAAGGGGAUUAGGAUUUUCGACUCACGGGCGAAAGCAAGCGGCGCUUGUGAGCGGGCCAAGCCAGGCUAUUUUCUUGCCAUGACGUCGAUCAGAUGCCUGAUGGAAGCUCCAAGUGGGGGCCGCUUCUAAAAGCCCGUUUGUUUUUGGUGCAAGGAUCUGUUGAUGAUCUCUUGUCCUCUUUGUUGAUAUGUACUGGCGGAGAAGUUGGGUAGCGUUGGUGGUGAUGUGAGUGUUGAUCGUAGCCUGUAGAGGCGGUAAGUUAAGCGAUAAGAAAUGCACGUGGGAAUAUUCUACGACAUUUGACACUGAAUACGAGCGGUCGAAUGCUCAAAUGUCUCAUUGAUACCAUCUCUUUUUUUUUUUAGUUGAUGGUGGUGGUCGUGAGCGAGCAAGUUGUAGUGAUACGAGGGUCUAAGAUUGCGAAUACCCAUAAUGGGAAUUGUGAGCAAAUGCGAUCAUAAGUUCCUGAAUGUAAUAUUGACCACGUAUUAUUGACCUCGCAUGUACACAAUACUAUGGUACAUACUCCAUACAUACGCGCA